AUGUCCAUCAAACACGCACAAUUUCAACCUGUGGAAAGGAAUUAUAAGAAGAAAAAUAAACAACAGUGCGAUUGGGUCCAAAAGUGGCAGCUGAUCGACAUGGAUUUUACAGCAGAGCGUGUGUUUCUUGGUGAACUAGCCUUCCAUAAUCGCUUGAAACGAGACAUAUUUUGGUCAAAGGAGAAAAUUAAUGUAGUGUUUACAGGGCAUACAGCUAAGACGAAUGCAACAUCGAUUCUAGGCUCAAUAUCGGUCAUUGCAUUAAUAAAUGUUAGUUUAAGAGUUUCAAAAUGUAGCAACAAGAGGAAGCAUAGGCGUGCAACUGAUGGCCAUAGCACAGGAACAGAAACAGUAGCGGGGCAAUAUUUGAUGCUCUAUUGGACCUGGCUAUUAAUGGAGCAAAUAUUGGGAUGUGUACCCGAUUAA